CUCUAUGCGUGCAUUUUUCUCUUUGUGUUAGGUGAGAUAACCUUUGACCUUCAAUACCCCCUCAUUAACCCCUUUCAACCCUCAUCUCCCCUUUUUAAAAAAACCCCAAAUUCCCAACAAAAAUCCCCUCAAAACCCCUGAUGAAAUCCAUCUUUCUACCAUUUUUCUUCAUAUUCUUACACACCCACUUCAAGAUUUCAUCUGGGGUUUCAAUCUUGGACCCUAAUUUGCUAAAAAGCAAUGAACUUGACCCCAUUGUGAAGAGGGUUUGCAGUGGGAAGAUAGGUGAGUAUGCAGAAGAUGAGAUGAUGAUGGAGUCUGAAAGCAGCAGGAGAGUGUUGAUGGUGCAGAAGAAGUAUAUAAGUUAUGAGACAUUGAAGAGGGAUCUUGUACCUUGUGGUACACCUGGUGCUUCAUAUUACAACUGCAAUGGUAAAGGGGUUGCGAGCCCUUAUAAUAGAGGGUGUGAAGUUAUCACUAGAUGUGCUAGAGAUGCUAUGAAUACUUGAUGUUAUGUGGUGAAAGUUUUAAACUUGGUUGGAAUUGAGGUAUCCAUGGUUCUACUUCUUGGAGUCUUGAUUUUUGGUUGUUUGAUGCUAACUUGGGUGGUCAUUCAUGUUGUCACUUCGGUAUAAUCAAAUGUAGGUUAAUUUAGUUUUUGAAGUGAAUGUAUCAUGUAUUUGUAUUUGUGUGUUUUGUUUAUGACCCUCAAAAUAGGGGGAUACAAUACCUUAUAAUAUGAGUUGAGAGGUUAUGUGUUUUCACUUUACUAUGAUCAAAUGUAGGCUAAUUUAGCUUUUAAGGUGAAUGUAUCAUGUAAUGUGUAUGUGUGUUUUGUUUAUGACCCUCAAAAUAGGGGGAU